UUGAGUCAUCUGUUGUUGGAGCACUCUAAGUUGGUUAAUUCCUUCAGGUGUUUUUUAGAUUUUGUGCUAUUGUUAAGUAGAAUUUAUCUAAAAGCAAAAGUAGAUUACAAAUCUAGAUAGAAAGUGAGCGGAAACUUUAUAAUAAAUAGCCAUCCCUGGUUACACCAAUUCUUACUGUAGAAGGAAUAACCAAAUAAAAUAGACCGGUGUGGUGUUACAAGUAAAUUGGUCACAUACGUAGUUGCCCAUAAUCCUCUUUAACAAUAUGUCAUACGAUGCGCUAAACAUAGAAGGUCCGGCUGCAGAUGAUGCUCCAGUGCUCCUCUCGAAACAUGCAAAAUAUUUUGUACGUUUCCUGCGAUUACUGCCAUCUCGUUUGGCAUCUCAUGAUUCGACGAGAGGAACGAUAGCAUUUUUUGCCGUAUGUGGAUUAGACGUGUUGAACUCUCUUCACCUUUUGACCAAGGAAAUGCGACAAAAUAUUAUCGACUGGACAUAUGGCAGUCUGGUAAUUCCCAAACCUGGUGAACGCAAUUGCUCAGGAUUUCAGGGUUCCCGUUCGGUCACGAUUAAAACAGACGAUGAAGAACUUUUGAGAAAUGCCAAGUGCUAUCAAUGGGGUCAUUUGGCAAUGACCUACACCAGCCUAGGAGUUUUGAUUACACUGGGCGAUGAUCUCUCACGCUUAGAUCGCAAAUCCAUUGUGGAUGGUGUGGCAGCCGUACAAAGACCAGAUGGAAGCUUUAGUGCCUGUAUCGAUGGCAGCGAAAACGAUAUGCGCUUUGUUUUUUGUGCUGCUGCCAUCUGCCAUAUGCUGGACUAUUGGGGUGAUGUAAAUAGGGAUAAAAUGUUCGACUUCAUACUGAACAGUAUUCGUUAUGACUAUGGGUUUAGUCAACACUUGGAAGGUGAGGGACAUGGUGGCACCACAUAUUGUGCACUAGCCGCUCUCCAAUUAAGUGGCCAAUUGAAUAGAGUAGACACACAAACACUGGAAAACAUUAAACGCUGGUGCGUGUUUCGUCAAGUUGACGGGUUCCAAGGACGUCCCAAUAAACCUGUGGACACAUGUUACUCGUUUUGGAUUGGAGCUGCCCUGAAGAUAUUAAACGCUUUCGAAUUAACUGAUUAUCCUGCGAAUCGUUCCUACAUUUUAGAAACCCAAGAUGAUGUAGUGGGCGGUUUUGCAAAGUGGCCCCAUUCCACCCCGGAUCCGUUUCACACAUACUUGGGGUUAUGUGGCCUAUCAUUUACAGGUGAACCAGGUUUAAUGGAAGUUAUGCCCAGUCUUAAUAUGUCAAUGAUGGCGUAUGAUAAACUAAAAGUAUUGCACGCGAAAUGGCAAACGAGAAACAUCGAGGAGGACCACAAACAUUAUAUGGAACUGCUGAGCCAACGGUUGUACGACGCGAAAAUUGCUGUAGAAGAAGAAACAACAACCACGAUUACCUCGCCCUUAAUCAAGGCACAAUAAUCUUGAAUCCUACACAAGGAAUUUCUUAUUUUUUUUUUGCAGGUUAAGAUUUAUUGUGAGCUCAUAAGUCUAGAAAAUAUUCUUAAUUACUGUGUAUGUGUAUAUGUUAUAUAUAGGAUUUUAUAAUUAAAAGAGUAAGCUGUUCAUAUGUACUUUAAUAAUGUGAGCAAAAACGAAAAGCAAAAAAUAUACAGCAUUUUUACAAGAA